AUGGGAAAGGAAAAAACGCAUAUCAAUAUCGUUGUUGUUGGCCAUGUGGAUUCCGGAAAAUCAACCACAACCGGUCAUUUGAUUUAUAAAUGUGGUGGAAUAGAUAAACGAACUAUUGAAAAAUUCGAAAAAGAGGCACAGGAAAUGGGAAAAGGAUCAUUCAAAUAUGCUUGGGUAUUGGAUAAAUUGAAAGCGGAACGUGAACGUGGUAUUACAAUUGAUAUUGCAUUAUGGAAGUUUGAAACACCCAAAUAUUACAUUACUAUUAUUGAUGCUCCGGGUCAUCGUGAUUUCAUUAAGAAUAUGAUCACAGGUACUUCUCAGGCUGACUGUGCACUCUUAGUGGUAGCAUGCGGCACUGGUGAAUUUGAAGCUGGUAUUUCAAAAAAUGGACAAACACGUGAGCAUGCCUUAUUAGCCCAAACAUUAGGAGUUAAGCAAAUGAUUGUCGCGUGCAAUAAAAUGGAUUCUACUGAGCCGCCAUUUUCGGAAGCACGAUUUCGUGAAGUUACCACGGAAGUUUCAAAUUACAUCAAGAAAAUUGGUUAUAAUCCUAAGUCGAUUGCAUUUGUACCGAUUUCAGGUUUCAAUGGUGAUAAUAUGCUUGAACCAUCCACAAAUAUGCCAUGGUUCAAGGGAUGGUCUGUUGAACGCAAAGAUGGUACUGUGACUGGUAAAACACUUUUGGAAGCUCUCGAUUCAAUCAUUCCACCUCAGAGACCCACCGACAAGCCUCUUCGCUUACCCCUUCAGGAUGUUUAUAAAAUUGGAGGUAUUGGAACAGUACCGGUAGGACGUGUAGAGACGGGCAUUCUGAGACCAGGCAUGAUUGUAACGUUUGCACCGCAAAAUUUAACUACUGAAGUGAAAUCUGUGGAAAUGCACCAUGAAGCAUUGCAAGAAGCGUUGCCUGGUGAUAACGUAGGUUUCAAUGUUAAAAGCAUCUCUGUUAAAGACAUUCGACGAGGAUCAGUGGCAUCUGACUCAAAGAAUGAUCCGGCUAAGGAAACUAAAAUGUUCACCGCCCAGGUCAUUAUCAUAAAUCAUCCAAGUCAAAUUUCUGCCGGAUAUACUCCUGUGCUUGAUUGUCAUACCGCUCAUAUUGCUUGCAAAUUUGCAGAGCUCAAGGAGAAAGUUGAUCGAAGAUCCGGCAAAAAAGUGGAGGAUAAUCCAAAGUCACUGAAAUCUGGUGAUGCGGGCAUCAUCGAUUUGAUACCGACUAAGCCAUUAUGCGUCGAGACGUUUGCGGAGUACCCACCACUAGGACGAUUUGCUGUACGUGAUAUGAGACAGACAAUUGCUGUUGGCGUAAUAAAGAAUGUGGAGAAGUCAGAAGGUGUUGGUAAAGUUACAAAAGCUGCUCAAAAAGCAGGCGUUGGCGUAAAAAAGAAGAAAUAA